AAGUGACCCGGGAACAGCUAGCCCAGCCAUGUCCAGAGUAAAACCAGACGGCGACUGGAACAACGCGGAGCAGAAGGAGAACUCGCGGCGGAACCUGCGGGCCCACAAGAAGGACCGGGACAACUUCGCCACCUGGAGCUGCGCCUACCCGCCCCUGGAGUUCAGGAUCGUGCCCAACCCCCUGGAACCCCACGAGCCGCGGUUCGCCCCGAGCGGCGCCAACACCUGGGAUAUGUUUGAGGCAGCGAGAUGGGCCUCCAACAACUGUUUUCAUGAGACGGCUAACGUCUUGCUUGAUCAUCGAAUCGACGGCAGAAAAUUAAUACGCCUGGAUGCGGUUGGUCUUCAGAACCUAGGUGUAAGUGACGGGAUCGAAGCCCUGCAGGCCCAAGAAAAGAUCCGACAAGUGGCCAACUGUGUGGACAAGUCGUUUCCCAAGGCCUACAACCCGGCAACAAUGACCAUGAUGAACAGAGCCCUCUACUACAACAUCCAGCCCUGCCCCGGGUACAACCCGCUGUACAUGCUGACCACAGACCCGUGGGUUGACCACAGCGUCAGGAUGGUUGACGUCAGGGACUGGGGCAGAGAGAAGUGGUUCUGGACCGGAUGUAGCUGUGAGGAGCACAACAACCCGGUCACGUGUUCACGGUUUAAAUAUAGAACCAACUUCGAUUGACAUCAUAGUUGUCCUUUCCAUCAAAAAUGAUUCUCAUUAAAGAAA